ACCUCAAUGAUUCCACAUGGAAAUGGCCCACGAUGCCUGAAGCGGUGAAAGAUGUGUAUAAACGACGAGUCGUUUCUAUUGCUCUUUUGCAAAAUUUGGCAAAAACUUUAGAGACGACAGCUUGUUAAAUAUGAAAAAGUAAAGGGUCUUAACCUGAACAGGUCUAGAAAACCAAGACCAUAUCAUAAAGGCGCGUUCUAAUUUGCAUGCACUAAGAUUAUAAUAAUGGGAAAACGAAAAGAUAAAGAGAGAAAAUCAAAAGUAAGUGUACAUAGAGCAGUAGUCCACUAGAAAUGAGCGGGUUCUAGGCCAUCGUAGAUACUUAGGCUUCCAUGAAAAUGUCGACAUUAUAAACUCAUGGGAUUUUUGUUUCUUUGCUGGUGGCUGGUGUUCAAGAGAAAGAUCGCAUAUAAAGUUUUAAGUGGUGCAAGAUCAACUAGACAAAAUUGAUGAUAUGGUUAAGUAAUGGUCAUAAUGAUUAGCGCCACAAAAGAAAAAAAGAUCAGAUUAAGAUGAAAAAGGUGCUUCACAAACAGACAUUCUUUCAUGGUGGUCAUGACUCAAUUCAAGUGCUUGCUGACUAAGAACAUGGCUUUACGCGGCUGCUUCUCACUCUUUACUACUCCAACUUUUGCUAUGAGCUCCCCCAUUUAAUAUAUCUAUGUUAACUAUUCAGUGAUUGAUUUUUAUAUAUUUUCCAUUUGGGUGUUAACAAAUUGUUUAUUUUUAAAACCAAAAGAACUUUUUUCUUGGCUCCUUUCAAACAAACUCUUAAAUUUUGUUCAUAUAAUGAUUGGUCACAUAUUAGAAAUAAACGACAAUAAUGUUACACCGGUAAAUUGUUUGAGGAUUGUCUGCUGCUUCUGUCAUCCUAUGAAUAUGUCCUGUUUGAAUAAGAUAAUGCUUGGCAAGUGUUAUAACGUGUCAUACUAUGGAUGGCCAUCGCUGCAAUGGAGUUGGACACUCAAAGCGUGAAGCUCAAGUAUAUAUAUAAUUUGCAGUUUUGGGUUUUCUUCAUGUAUUAAGGAAGAUAUUGGGCUUUGUUUGGGGCUAGUCUUUUACACUCUUGAGCAUGGACAAUAAACAAGAGCUGUUAGUAGGGAAAGUUUGUGAAAUCUAUGAAAAGAUUUCAAGUUUAGAAGAUCUUAGUCCAUCUAACCAAGUCAACACCCUUUUCACUCAGCUUGUUCUUCUUUGUAUCCCUCCUUGUCCCAUUGAUACCUCCAAACUGUCCAAAAGAGUAGGUGAAAUCAGAAGCAAACUAAUUCAACUUUGUGGGAAAGCUGAGGGACUCCUAGAAAGCCAUUAUUCUACUCUCAUAGGAUCCUGUGAGAAUCCCCUUAGCCAUAUUAGUCUUUUCCCUUACCAUUCUAAUUAUCUCAAACUUAGUCAUUUAGAGUUCAACAUUCUCUCUGAGAAUUGCAAUCAGGUCCCUAACAAAGUUGCCUUUGUGGGUUCUGGUCCUCUUCCUCUUUCCUCGAUUAUAUUGGCCUCUAAUUAUCUGAAGACUACAAUCUUUCAUAACUAUGACAUUGACCAAAUGGCAAAUGCCAAAGCCUUAAACUUGGUCUUAUCAGAUCCUGACUUGUCCAAAAGAAUGUUUUUCCACACUGAAGAUAUUACGAAAGUCUCAAAUGAGUUGCAGGAUUUUGAGGUUGUUUUCUUGGCUGCUUUAGUGGGCAUGAACAAGGAGGAAAAGGAUCAUGUUAUAGAUCACUUGGCUAAGAAUAUGGCACCCGGGGCUAUUCUUUUGGUAAGGAGUGCACAUGGUGCUAGAGUGUUCCUCUACCCUGUUGUUGAACCUGGUGAUCUUCAAGGCUUUGAGGUUCUCUCAGUUUUUCAUCCCUCGGAUGAGGUUAUAAACUCAAUCAUUAUAGCAAGAAAAACUUUUAUGCCUAUCCCUUCACUGAACCCAGGGCAUUGCUCUACCAUAUUGCCUACAAAAUGCUCUGAAAUCCAAGGCUUCAAUCCACUGAAACAUGGUAACAUGAUUGAAGAAUUGUCCAUUGAUGAGCAGGUGUAAUGAUAUGGACCGAUUAUCUUUACAGGACCAUUGGAGUUCUCUUUUAAUUCUAAUGUUAAAUCUGAUGCUAAAUAAAAGAAUUAUGAUCUUCAACACCUGUAAAUCCUUUAUUAUCAUGCUAAUAAAAGAGUGAUCAUGUUUUUCAGUA